AUGAAAACGAUCCCCACGCUCUGUGCAACGAGCACCGGCAUUGGCGUGUCUGCCCUGGGCCUUGUGCUUGCCCGACCCGACCGCGACACACGGCUCGACCGUCAACACCGCCUUCCCAACAACCACGCCCGUCGCUCCGACUCGCAUAGAUCCUCGACCUUCCUCCACCCUCUUUCCGUUCCUUCUUCACUCGACCCGGUCCGUCCUCGACCGCGGUCCACCUCUCGAGCAUCCUCGCUCGUUCCGCCCACGAGUGACAUGACAUCGACGGCCACCUGCACGGUACAGACCGUCGACACCUACGCGACCCCGGCCUCCUUUUGUCCUUCCUUUUCCUUCUCGGCUCGUCAGGCCCUCCGCUCCGCGAGCACCCAACCCGCUACUGCUCUCCCGACAAGGAAUGCGCCGGACCAUGCACGAACGGUGCUGAGGAAAAGAGACGGCCACACAAUGCCUCGCGGCGCAACCCCAUCCUUUCGACACGGUGCAGAGCCCUCACCUCCCAUAUCUCCCACUUUCGCUCCCCACCAGACGCCGUCAUGGCUCAAGAGGUUUUCCUUUUCUUCGCGCGACUCGACGCAAUCUUCGAGCUCACGCCCAAAUUCUUCCGUCAUUUCUGUCGCUCCUUCAGCCUCGGGAUCCACAACCCCGAUGAUCCCCAGCCACACUCCACCCAUCAACACAGCCCCGAACAAACUGGUCAAACGCUCCACCUCGGUGAGCAAAGUGCCCACUUCCGCCUCGUAUGCCGGCUCAACCACAAAGAUUCCCAUUCCGACCUUAAGACGUCCAGCUACCAGCCACAAGCGAAGUGCCACACUGCAAGAAAGACGUGCUCCUACCGUUCCGAAAGCAGAAGACGCUUUCAGACACUCGCUCUAUGGUUCUCCCUCAGAGUCCAUGCCCGAAGACGUGCAAUGGCGUAACUAUUUUGCUCCCAGGCAGGCCGUANGUCCCCCAGAAUCGACUCGGCGUCGCAGCUCGACCAGUAUCCCAAACCCUAUCAAAAGGGUAUAUGCGGAUAGGAAAUACCGACCCGUCUUGGUGUCUGCUAGAGAGAAUAUUAACGCUGCUCCUAUUGAGUUUGAUAACGAUGCCGAUGACCUUGAGCCUGUAUUCAUUCCGAAUGUGGUGUCAAAUGUCCAGGGAGCCGACCGUUUUUAUUCUUCAUCUCAGCAGACGCCCUUUGCGUCGAACCGACUCUCGCGAGCAACGGUCGAUUUUCAAAGUACUUCAUUCGAUUCGAGGAUAGAUGAGCGGAAAAGUAUCGAAGACGCAUUAGACAGACAGGACGUGGCCGAAAUGUCUAGGAUCGAGUCGGCGUCGAGCUCCUUCUCUGUCAGUGACAUACUCCCCGCAGAACCACAAAUCUGGAAGCAGCCACCUCCUAUCAAAGCAGCACCCGUCGUCAAAUACCGACGACCGGGUGCGCGAGCUCGAUCCAACACGCCCACAAGCAUGGGCAACAGACAAAGUCUUGCUCACGAUGAACCGUCCGAAGCGCUCGCAAGACAUCGUGACUUGGAUGACGUUACGCAGACUGCAAAGCCGCCAUCUGUUAGCAGCCCCAUUACCGAAAUAGACCUUAGACUACCAUCGCACCAGACGCAUUCCGCUUCGAGUGCACUACCCAGCCACACCGAACUAUCAAAUCCACAGAGCGACGACAGUGUAUACUUCGACACAUUACCUUCACCCUCACAUCCUUCCCAUCAUGCCGACGCCGCAUCGCAUCUGGCCGGCUCAGACAGCGACAUCAGGUCAGGUGAGGAUGAAGGACUUGACUCACAAGGCGACACCAUUUAUGACUCCGUCCGGACACGAGCGCCAAAGUCGAGCCCGGGCAGGCGAGGGCCUUCAAUAGAAACCAUUUUCGGCGAGUCGCCGCCAUUUCACAUCCAUGGCAAGCAUACCAUGCUCAGAGACUAUCUUCAGACGCCACCUUUACAUGACCAGGCAUAUUCACUCAAGCCACGACACAGCAUCAUACACGAAGAAGACGCUAUCUCUACUCCAGCUCGCUCUGCUCGGAAACAGUCCCUAGGCAGUUCGCCAGUGCUUCACAUGAAGCCCUCAUCCGCACAGACUAACGUUCCAUCAUCGCCGCCCACCAUGCCAUCUCUUUCAUCCCUCUCUGACCUUCGCCAACAUGCCGAACAUUUCCCAGAUUUUGCCGAUGCUGACGACGAUGAAGAGAGCUCUUGGUCUUUUGCCGAAGACGAUGAUGAGCCUCAAGUCCCGCGCAAGAAUCGCUUUGCCCACCUUGGCAUCACUCCCGAUCUCUUGUCACCCCACGGACACGCUUCGAGUUCUGCGAAUACGACCCCACAACGGCCAAGUAUUAGAAGCACGGAUAGAGACACACGCAGCAGCAUCUUCGACUGGUCCGAACAACAACCCAUGGAANAAAGUCCAAACAACCGUUCUCCUCCUCGUCCCAAAACCGUGCACGGCAAGAAGGACGCCGAGACUCGGGGUAGCAGAUCGGUCGGAAGAAGAGCUCCAAGCGGGCUUCAUGUCCGCAGCCAAAGCGUACCAGUCGCUCAAGAAGGCGAUGGGAAACGAACAGGUACCAACAAGUUUGGCACUUGGGGCAUUGGUAGCAAGGGCGUGACAGAGGACUGGAAUGAGGAUUUCGAUUUCGAGGAUGAAAGUGGUCCGGAAGAGAAGAGGCUCGACAGCGGUGUCUCGAUGUUCGUGCCCAAGUCCAUUCGAGACCAGCAGGACAACGUGCUUGCCAACAUCGGUCUUCUUCGGGACUGGGGACUUCUGAUCGAAGAAUUGAAGGAACACAAGAUGCGGGCUGUCAUGUUGGAAGUGCUUGGUGGGCCCAACGAAAAGAUGUGGAGCGAAGUCGAUGCCAUGAUUGAUCUCGCGGAUCAGGAAUCAGACGAACAAACAAUCGCCCCUCGGUUCUCGCCAUCUUCGUCGCCGUCAUUCAACUACGAUGCUUUCGACGAACCACUUCCAGCACUUCCGGCAGCGGAACAUCUGAUGCCCCCUCCCUUGUUCGGCCUCCCAGAAUCUCCAGCAGACGGCGAGUUCGACUUCUACAAUGAAGACGCGGCUGUCUCUCCGAAGAGAAAUGACAACGGCAUCUUUGUCACGCCAGCAACGCCUCGAAGACCGCGGAAGAACUCUGAAGCCGUCGCUCGUUCCGUCAUAGAAGCACUGCAGCAAAAGCGACUCUCCAACGCCGCCCUCGAACUCGAAGAGCGAGACAAGGUCCAUUUCGAUACAGCGACUUUGAAGCGAAUUAUCCCUUACGUUCAAGAGUUGCGUGACAGAGUCAAGAAGGUCAUCAGGGAUGCAGAAGAUCUACUUCCCAGUCCUAAGAGUCUCGGAGGCAGUAUAGGUUCGCAUGGAAGUCGGUCAGUACGCCGAAGAAUCCGCGAGGCCCCCGAGUCUCCAACCGUUCAUCGUCGGAGUCGACGCUCGACAAGUGCUCUUGAACGUACAUCUUCAGAUGAUGGGCUACCGACUCCCACCGAGGAGCUAAAUACCCAAUUACGUCUCAUGGCCAUGACAUGA